UGGAUGGGAACUGUCUUCCCCUGUAUGAUUCAGGCUUAAAGUCAGAAAAUGAUUCAGCCAUUGGCAGAGCUGGGGACUGGGAUGGACGGACAGGAGGUAAGGACCCUGGUGUCCUGACAACUUGUGCUGAGCCCCUGUGGCCUGCCCCAUGCUGAUGAGCAGCCAGGGCUGGCAGAGAGGGUGGUGCUGAGUUCUUGGUAGUUGUGCUGGAAGAUCAUGGGGGACGGGGUCUCCAUCAGCACUUACCCUUCUCCUUUCCCUGCCACCACUCCCCACCCCCAGUGUCUGUGAGGAAACCAGGCUGAACAUAGUACCAUCUCUACCACGUUUAUCCUGACCCCCUGACAGAGACAGGGGGUCAAAGAAAAAGGGAGAGGAGCAAGCCAGGAAGCUUGCUCGGGACUGACUGCCAGGACACUGUGGGGCUGUGCUGAGGGGAAGGGCUUCCUGGAAUUCCCCAGACUCUUGCUAUCAGCCAACAAGACCGGCUGCCCUCUAGUCCCAUCCCUUCUCUUGCUAUAUAAUUAAUUGUCCAACCCGGGAUACUUUUGUGAGUGCAAGGGGGCACAUAAACUGGGAUGUUUGUGUAUGGUCACCCCAUUGGACCCCACACAUAUUAGACCCCCCCAAAAUAUAUAUGGAUGAGAAAAGCCUGUUCAGUCAGGCUUGCCUCAGGACACUUUCAUCACUAAGCCCCCAUAAGCUGGCUCCAGUUUCAGGCUAAAGGGCUCUCUUUUCCUCCCCUCUGUCCAGGCAAACCCUGGAGACUAUCAUUAUAGGCAGAUGUGGGACUUGAGAGGUGACAGCCUGGAAGCCCUUAGGGGACUUUCCUCUCCAGCCCACCUAUCUCGAUCCCCCCCUCUCUGGCACAAACCUGGCAGUGUGCAAGUUCUCCUCCCUCGAGUCUUCUCUUUGCUUGGAAAAAUUGUAAUGGCAGGAAGACCAGGGCCACCUUAUCUCCCCCUACCCUGCCUGGGACUACACCAUGGUCUGGGGUAGCCCCUGAUGGCUUGGCCAGCCCCUAAAGAGUGAGUCAGUCUCUGCAGCCGGCCCUUGUCCAUUGUCUGGGGGUGGCACAUGGCUAUUGUGGGGCAGAGCUGAGCCCAGCACUGCCAGGCACCCCAUGAGGAGUGCUUGCCCCCAAGAAGAGGGGAAGCUUUAGGGUCUAGAGCUGAGGGCAGGGUUAGGAGAAGCAGCCCCUCUUCCAAGCUGGGGUUGGAGUGGAACAGCAUCUGCAGAGGAGCCAGACCAUUCUCUGCCUACCUGUGGCUCAUGGUUCAGGCCAGUCCCCUUCUCACUGCUGGCUAGAGAUGGCUCUGGGCAAGGGGGGCAACUGAGGGGCACUGCCCUCUUUAUGACCCUCACAGUUGGGGACUGUCAGCAGUUUUGGAGGCUCAGCAUCAUUCAGCCCUCCCUGAGCUAUUCCAUACCUGUGUCCUCCCAUCCUCCCUCACCUGGCCCCUCCCCACUGUCCUUCACCAAUACUCAGCAAGUGGAACUUUCUCUUCUGAGGCCCAAGGUUGGGCUCUGGUGUGGCUUUGUGUCUGGAGUGAAGGGGGCAUGGUCAGCUGUAUUGACCUCUGGGCAAUGAGCCCUAAGGAGUAAGUACUCCCCCAGUGAAAUCUGCACCUCAGUCCAGUAAAGGAGGCUCCGAGCCCCCUGCUGGCUCUUGACUUACUUGGGACCUGCUGCUCCCUCCUCCCUUUUCCCCUUACCUCCUGAUCCUGCUCCAUGCUGACUCUGCAUUCUCCCUUGAAUCCUGAGCCACCUCUCCUCUCAGCUCUAAAUGCCUCUCUCUGCUCCCCUUUACCCAGUCCCACUCCUGACCUUUGGGGCAUCCUCUGGCCUCUGGUUUUGCCAGAUUCCCAGAAAGGGCAACCUCAACAAACACCCUUCUGGACUGAAGCUCCAGGAUUGUAGCUACACAGUACCCAAGAGCAGGUGCCAGGACUUUGGGGGCUGCCCAGGGCUCCCUUUGGACCCCAGGGCCCUUCCUUGUAUCUUGCAUUGGGGCAGCACGUGAGCAGGUAAAGGUAAGAUGGUGGCCACUUCUUCUGGCUUGGCUGCUAGUGCAGUUUCUUUCUCUUCUAACCACAAAUGCUUUCCUCUCUCUCCUUCUCGCCUUAUCCUGUCUUCCUCCUGUAUUUUUCCCUUCCUGCCACCUCCCACAUACCCUCCACCCCCUAUCCCCAGAUUAAGCGCUUCCUGGAGGACACAGAUGAUGCAGAACUGACCAAGUUCGUGAAGGAUUUCCCGGGAAGCGAGAGCUGCCGCCAACCGGAAGCCAAGACCUGGGCAUCCAGACCCCAAAUCCCGGAGCCAAGGCCCCAAAUCCCAGAGCCAAGGCCCCUGACCCCGGACCUCUGUGAUGACCUGGAGUUCAGACCCCCCUCGUGGCCCCAGCCCUCUGACAGCCAGCAGUACUUCUGUGCCCCAGCCCCCUUCAGCCCCCCAGCCCGGCCCCGCAGCCCAUGGGGCAAGCUCGAUCCCUAUGACUCCUCUGAGGAUGACAAGGAAUAUGUGGGCUUUGCGACCCUCCCCAACCAGGUCCACCGAAAGUCUGUGAAGAAAGGCUUUGAUUUUACCCUGAUGGUGGCAGGAGAGUCUGGCCUUGGCAAAUCCACCCUUGUCAAUAGCCUCUUCCUCACUGACCUGUAUCGGGACCGGAAACUCCUAAGUGCUGAAGAGCGGAUUAUGCAAACCGUGGAGAUCACCAAGCAUGCAGUGGACAUAGAAGAGAAGGGCGUGAGACUGCGGCUCACCAUUGUGGACACGCCAGGUUUUGGGGAUGCAGUCAACAACACAGAGUGCUGGAAGCCUGUGGCAGAAUACAUUGACCAGCAAUUUGAGCAGUAUUUCCGAGAUGAGAGUGGCCUGAACCGCAAGAACAUCCAAGACAACAGGGUGCACUGCUGCCUGUACUUCAUCUCACCCUUCGGUCACGGGCUCCGGCCGUUGGAUGUUGAAUUCAUGAAGGCCCUGCAUCAGCGGGUCAACAUCGUGCCUAUCUUGGCAAAGGCAGACACACUGACACCUCCUGAAGUGGAUCACAAGAAACGCAAAAUCCGGGAGGAGAUUGAGCGCUUUGGAAUCAAGAUCUACCAGUUCCCAGACUGUGACUCUGAUGAGGAUGAGGACUUCAAAUUACAGGACCAAGCCCUAAAGGAAAGCAUCCCAUUUGCUGUAAUAGGCAGCAACACUGUGGUAGAGGCCAGAGGGCGGCGAGUUCGGGGCCGGCUGUACCCUUGGGGCAUUGUGGAAGUGGAAAAUCCAGGGCACUGCGACUUUGUGAAGCUGAGGACGAUGCUGGUACGUACCCACAUGCAGGACCUGAAGGAUGUGACACGAGAGACGCACUAUGAGAACUAUCGGGCACAGUGCAUCCAGAGCAUGACCCGCAUGGUGGUGAAGGAACGGAAUCGCAACAAACUGACUCGAGAGAGUGGUACCGACUUCCCUAUCCCUGCUGUCCCACCAGGGACAGAUCCAGAAACUGAGAAGCUGAUCCGAGAGAAAGAUGAGGAGUUGCGGCGGAUGCAGGAGAUGCUGCACAGAAUCCAAAGGCAGAUGAAGGAGACCCAUUAGCUGGCUUUUAGCCCUGGAUAUUUAAAUCUCCUCCUCUUCCUCCUGCCAUGCCUGCCCCUUCCAGCACCAGCUCUGCUCAGGUCCCUACAGCUUACUGCCACUUUGCCUUUCAUCCCUGCUCCCUCUCCAGAGACUCAGAGGAAAAUAAAGUAACAAAUCUAUCGGU